AUACACAACAAACAUGGCGGCACCCAGGUAGCAGGUGUCCGGUUUGGAAUCACUUUUCUUAUCUUGGAUUAAAUCACUGCAGAUUCUCAGCUUCUUACUCAAGAUGUUUGGGGAUCUUUUUGAAGAGGAGGAGGACUUUUCAUUCCUUUCAAGCAGUCCAAAUGCCAACAGAAAAUUAAAAUGGAAAGAUUCUCAAAUACUGGAGCCUCGGGGGCAUACAAGAUUGAGUGGACUCAAAAAUCAGGGAGGCACAUGUUACCUGAACUCACUACUUCAAACCCUCCUUUUUACACCAGAAUUCAGAGAAGCCCUUUUUGCUUUGGGUCCCAAAGACCUUGGUUACUUGGAGGAAAAAGAGGAACCAGAUUCCAAGGUACGGAUAAUCCCCUUACAGUUACAGCGACUUUUUGCACAGCUUCUGCUGCUGGAUCAGCAGGCUGCAUCCACCACGGACCUGACAAACAGCUUUGGCUGGAACAAUAACGAGGAGACUGGUCAGCAUGAUGUGCAGGAACUAAAUCGAAUAUUGUUCAGUGCCUUGGAGAGCUCCCUGGAGGGUACGGCUGGCCACAAUCUUAUUAAGAGCUUGUAUCACGGCACUGUGGUCAAUCAAAUUAAGUGCCAGGAAUGUGGCUACAUCAGUAAGCGGCAGGAAGAUUUUCUUGAUUUAACUGUUGCAGUGAAGGACGUGUGCAGCUUGGAGGAAUCUUUAUAUAACAUGUACGUUGAGGAGGAAAUCUUCGAAGGGGAUAAUCUGUAUCGAUGUGGAUCCUGUGAUAAACUUGUAGCAGCUGCUAAGUCUGCCAAACUGGGAAAGCUUCCACCCUUCCUCACUCUAUCUCUGCUGAGAUUUAACUUUGAUUUUACAAAGUGUGAACGUUAUAAGGAGACAUCCCGCUACACUUUCCCCACGCAUCUCAACAUCCGGCCCUUUUGUGAGCAGAAUCACAUAGAAGACCCUGUGUGCACAUAUGAGCUAUUUUCUGUUAUCAUACACAAGGGCGGCUGCUAUGGGGGCCAUUAUCAUGUUUACAUCAGAGAUGUGGAUGAACUGGGCCACUGGGACUGUCAGGAAGAAGUGAAAAACUUGGUUAAGGAUGCUGAUAAUGAGUAUGAAUCUCCUGCUGUCACACUUGCUUCCAUCAUAGCAGCGGAUGGAGUAGAUAAAAUGAUUCAAGUGGAUCAGCUGGGACAGAAACUGUUGGAACACACAGGAACAUCCUGGAGUAAGAUGUAUCGGAAGCAACAUGGAAGCAUCCGCAAGUUCUUACAGAACCAUCGCCAAAUCUUCCAGCUUAGUUCAGAUGGUUCCUUAGUGGGUUUGGCACAAAGUGGAAAUGAUACUGAAGACUCUGAUCUACAUUUGUCUAAUCAAAGUACCACUGAUAUAAUGAAAAAUCCAGAAAAAGAUGCGAGCCAUUGGUUUGAUUUCAAUGACUCGACUGUACAAUCAAUCCAGGAGAAAGACAUAGAGAAGCAGUUUCAAGGAAAGGAAAGUGCUUAUAUGCUCUUUUAUCGCAAAAGCCAACUGCAAAGACCUCAGGAAGCGAUUGGCAAUGCUCAGUUUGGAGUGCCUGAUUACCUUUUGCAGGAAAUGGACCUGGCAAACAAGGAGCUGCAGAAAAAGAGGCUGGAAUCCGACACAGAGACCAAUCGCAUGGAACUACACCUUCAUCUCUCAUCUUGUUACCAGUUUAAUAAUGGCGCCCUGCAUCCAGCUGUUUCCCACAGUGACAGCAUCUUGGAAAUCACCGUGGACCAGCGCAGAACAGUUGGAGACUUGAAAAAAAUAGUUUUUGAGCUGCUUGAUAACGCAUUAGAAGGUCAAGUUUUGAGUAUCGCAAAGGCGCUACCUGCUGGUCUGCAUGUUUUCCAGAAUCUAAAUGAUGAUGAAAUGGACCUGAUGAAGGCAGGAGUCAAAGAUGGAACAGACAUCUUUGUAUGGGAUGGAGAACAGGUUGGAGGUGUGUUUGUGCAGGCUGGGGAGGACUAUGCACCCCUUUUACUCACUAUCUUGCGCAAGACCCAACAAGACACAUCUGAAAACCAGUGUGUCUUUUCAUCUAAUUCCCGGCUUAGUGAUGUACAGGAGAAAUUGACUGGUACCACCAAACAAGAGCCAUUGCUGUGCUUCCCAUCUACAGAACACAAUGGUGGUGGGUGGAGUGUUUGUGCCUCAGAAGAAAUGAACAAAACCCUCAAAGUGCUGGGACUUAAAGAUGGCAGUUCCAUACUCCUUUUGAAUUCUGAUGAAGAGAAUGAGCUGAUAUUUGCUACAGAAAACUCUUUAAAUACAGACUUUCUCCAAGUACAGGAUUUGUACCAUUCAGAAGAUAACAAGAAGACCGUGAACAUUUCUGUGUCUCCUACUACUGCUGUUUCCAAAAUCCGCAGUAAGGCUGCUGAAAUGUUGCAUUUACCGGAAAAGUGUGUGGAUGAUAUCUGUUUGAGACCAUUGCAUAAGAAUGGAAAAUUGCUUCCACCAGUGCCAGAGAAUGUUACAGUUCAGGAGGCAGAGAUUAAACCUGGUAGCAUUUUAGGGCUGUGCAGAGGGAAAUCUCCCAAGCUUAAUGAGCUCUUCCUAUAUUUCAUCUUUGGAAAUGAUCUGAAGGAUGGACAAGAGCAGGAAAUUAUCCUGGAAGAAACACUAACGGUUAAGGAGAGCCUAGACCUGAUUUUACAACAGGCUGGUUUAUCAGCUGAGACUGGUUGGCACCUGAGAAAGAUGGAUUGGUGUUACGAAGCUGGAGAUCCUCUCACUGAUGAAGAGUCCACACUGAAAGAGCUAAACAUCUGCACAGGAGACACACUUGUAAUCACCGAAGGAAGACUUCCACCCAAGGGUUUCCUGAAGCUGCAAGUCUGGCUUUAUCAUCCACAUGCACAUCAGGAUCCAAUAAAUCAUGUUACCUCUCACUUGGCAGCUCUGCAAGCUUCCCCCUCUGGAGAUUCUCAGUUGGAUGACAUUGCCAAAUCUGACUUUUGCUUUGUGGGUAACAUAGAAAUAUCUGGAGAACAUUUUCUCCAGGAUCUAAAAAUGCAGAUUAUGACAUUGCCAAUCUUUGAGGCAUUCGGGAUCCCUUCACCGGAGUUUCUUCGUAUUUGGACAUUGGAGAACAAACACUUAGUAAAAAUCCUGCGCUCACCUAAUCUGCGGAUCAGUGACUAUAACCUAGGGAACAGGACCAUACUGUGUGUGGAAACACUGCAAGACGAGGAGUUUUUGGGCACCCACGAUCUACUUCUGAGAGUCCAGCUAUCUGUCCCAGGGGAGCUGCGUUACUUUCCCCCUGUGGAUAUUGCGUGGGAUAUCUCACAUGGCUGCACUGCCCAUGCCCUACGUCAAAGGAUUGCCAACCAUUGUUCAUUGCCAGUGGACAAGGUGGAGAUCGCAAAGUAUCUUCCAGAAAAACAUGAAUGGCUCCCAAUAUCAAGCUGGACCCAACAAGUCUCAAAGAAGAGGAAAAAAAAGAAGCCUGAGAACCUGCAGGGGGCACCCUAUCACUUGAAGGAUGGAGACACAAUUGGAGUGAAGAACCUUCUUCUGGACAACCGGAUGGACUUCAUUUCUGAGAAUGACCACAUUGCAAAGGAAAAGCAUAAGCAGGUCUUGAAUGAGAAAAUCAACAGUGAGAAAGGGGAACCUCUUCAGAAUGACAAACAUAUCAGCAAGCAGAAAGUGCGUCCAAAAGCCAGGAAAGCAGAGUCGGCUCUGUCCAUCCGGGUGGGGGUCUUUCGGUAGCACAUGUACUGUGCUUGAUCAUGGAGCGCUUCAUUUGGGAGGCUGUAUGCCCAGUCUAACUCAGGGAGGAGGGAAUAUGCUCACUAGAAGGCAACUGUGUGAAGGUGUGGAGCAUAAGCAGUUUGUUUAUGCCCCUGGGGGUAAUUACCAGGUGUUCCACUACCUCUUGAGGGUAUAUGAUAAUGUAAGAUGCCUCUGGCCACCGAUGCAGAAAGGAUUCCUACUUCUAACAAGGAAAUUUGUCUAUAUGGUUGUGCCUUUUGUCUCUUUACCUUAUCUCUUGUAAACUGCCCCUACUGUAAUUCUUGUAAAAAAAAAAAAAAACUAU